UGUAAUUAUAAAUAAUUUAUUAUUAAAAACAAAUGAAUCAAAAAUAAUAGAGCUCAGCAAGAAACUUUUUAAUAUUUCAAACUCACUGGUGAUAUCAGAUGAUCGAACUAUAUCUAUAAUUAGUGAUUUGUCGAGCAUUAUUUUUAUGGGCUCACAUAUUACACCUAUUAUUUUUUUGACACCCUUAAAUUGGUCUUAUGUACCCAAUGAAUUAUAUCAUCAAUUGUAUAUGAAAUGGUACACAGUUUAUAUGAUUGACAUCAAUCAAUUAACGAAAGCUGGUAGCAAUUAUGGUUAUGAUCCUUGUCAAAAACCUAAAAAAACUUUGGAAGUAUCACCAUUUUUUAUGACGUUUUUCAUUGACUCUCAAACUGCUGUGAAUAAGAUGAUUGGUUUAAAGCAUAGCUGGAUUUGGAACUCUGAUGCCAUUUAUAUUAUGGUAGUUAAAAUCUUGGACAAAUCAAUAAGAAAUUUAGUUAGUAGCAUUUGGUCCAAUGAAUUUAUUCAUAAAAUUAUCAUCAUAACUCCAUAUUCAGUCAAGCUCUAUGAUCCGUUAGAUGGAAAUAAGUUUAAAUAUAUAUCUUUAAAGUCUCUGUAUAAAGUGCCAAAGAUAUUUCGGCAACGAACUAGUAAUCUUCAACAGAAGCCACUUCGCGUUUUGUUGAAUAUUAGACCGCCUACAGUAAUUGCAAUGGAUGAUGGUUCUUAUGGUGGAAUAGAUGGUAAAUUUGUGAACCUUUUAGCAGUUAAAAUGAAUGCAUCUCUAAUUUUAUCAAGUGAAAAGCUCUUUGCUAAAAUUGUUUAUGGAAAAUUAAUUUUAAAAAAUGGCAGUAAUCACGGAACUUUAGCGUCAAUAAUAGAUCGACGUACAGAUCUCAUAGGAAAUGGUCAUUUCCUAAAGGAUUAUGGGUGUCAUGUUAGCGAACUAACUAGACACAUUACAAGUGAUGUGGUGUGUAUGCUAGUACCAAAAUCUGGAAUUAUUCCUCCAAUGAUUACUGUGUUAAGAAGCUUUCAAAAUGAAGUAUGGGUUAUGCUAUUUAUAACUUAUAUAAUAACAUUUUUAAUGUAUUAUGCGAAAGCUGCAAUGGACAUAGACCAUUUUAAACUUUCUGGGUGUAGUUUAGGACUUGAAAUUUAUAAAAUGUUUAUUGGAGCACCUACAAACAGAAGGUUUGCUUGUUCAGGCCAGAAAAUUCUAACAUCAUUUUGUUUAUUAUUUACACUUGUUGUAUUAAACGCUUUUCAGGGAUCAUUAGUAACGUUUCUUAACACACCAAUGCAUUAUCCAGACGUGAAUACUUUUUCAGAACUUGAAAAGUCUGACUUACCAAUACGCACGUUUAGUUUAAGUUUUAAAGAAAUACUGAACAGUGAUCCAAAUUUACGAAACCUAGCUCCUAGAGUAAAAGAAUGGAAGAGUAAAUAUGCUCUUAAAAAUUCAGAUGGUCAUCAUGUUGAUUUUCAACGCAUUAACUAUCAACACGUAGGACAUUUUAAAGAUGUAUUUUACGCUGGGAAUAAAACUAAGCCUCGUUUUUUACAUAAAAUGAAGGAGUGUUUAAUCUCAUACUUCAUUUCUUACAUGAUUCAUAGGCAUUCUCCAUACAAAAAAAGAAUCGACACCAUAAUAUCAUGGGUAGAUCAAGCUGGUUUAGUAGUUAAAUGGAAUGAUGAAGUUACUAAAUAUAUAUUUGACGAAUAUCGACCAACCAUAUUGAAUGAUAAUGAAAAAUCUAAAGUAUUUGAUAUCAAAGAUGUAGAAGUAGCUUUUACAGUUUUAUGGGUCGGAUUACUGUUCAGUAGUCUUGUGUUUAUCAUUGAAAUUUUCUUGCACAAAAUUUCUAAAAAAAAAUCACCACCGUCUUUUAUUUUCAUACUUUAAACUAGGUAUAAGAAUAAAUUGUAUAACGACCGAUAAUUCAGUUUGAUUUUUAAUAGAAAAUACUUUAACUUUUAAAAACCAAUUUAAUAUAUCAAUGAUUUAUAACAUGUUAUGUGCUGUAAUACAA